GUUAACCCACGUUCGCUUCAAAACUAGGACAUGAAAUCAAUCCAAGGCAACGUAACAGUUUUUUUGGUUGCUUGUUUCUCUUGACAUGAAUACACAGACAGCGGACAGCAUAGCCCAGAUCUGAACAACGUAAUAAUGACUUAAUCGGUUGAUGUGGAAAAUAAAACCACAAAAUGUGAUUUGAAAGUGACCGCAUGUGCUGGCCAUUGAUGAAAGACAACCGUUUACAAGACAUUUCAUAUAACAUUCCACUUUCCACAACAAACAUAAAUUCAACACAUUUAAUCUUUACAGCGUUUUUCCUGUAUUGGCACUCGGCCUAGUUCAAAUCUUAAUAGGUUAGGACUAAAAACUCACUCCCUUAAUGUGUAGAAUAAACGUGUGAUGGACUUUGUUACUUUAGCUACUGACCAUUCAUAAAAGAGAAGCGUGUUUGCUGGACUGAGUAAAUGAGACAUUUCAGUUUAAUACUGUGUCCACACGAUGAACUUCAUUGCCCUCAAACAUUCAACUCGUAAGCUGACUAAAAGUCACGUAAGCAGUGAGUGGCAGCCUACAAGGAAAUGAACGGAGUGAAAAAGUAUGAGAAACGUGCAGCUGGAUUGAAUGUCCUGAAGGCGGGUCUAGAGCAGCCAGUCUCGUUGAGAAGCCGUAUGUCUGCGGCGCACGUGGAAUGGGGGCGUGCGCGGAUGAUGCGCUCGAGUCAGCCUACACGGGGACACGGUGUGGACGCACGAGUCUCCAACGGAGUCUCUCUUCCAAAGAAAACGUUACGUUGUUUGAUCGGAUUAUGUCAGUCAUUAUAUCAGUUAAUGUGAAAGAUGAAAACAGUCACUGAUCAUAUGGCUGAAGUAGUUCCGUAGACUGUUAAGGGCUUUAAGACGCUGCCCUAAUGUUCCGGAACGCAGAUGACAAAUAGUGCGUUUAAAAGGUAGAACUUCGAGGAAAAAAGGUCAGAUUGUGAAAGAACUGUGGUGGGCACAAGCACGUGUUUCUGUUGUGGUUCCACAUGACACAGUGACCCUUUGACUUUUUGUGCUAGUGUACAGCGGUUAUAUAAUGCUUGGAGCUGUCUGCCACUGGUUUUGAAUGUUCUGAGGAACAGCACUGGGAGGAUAUAACGCCCACUUUGUUCUGGUUAAAGUUACCAAAAGUUUAUGUACUUAGAAAAGUUACUGCAUUCAAGUUGUGUCCUGGUUGAGGAGAGUUAGGCAGUCUUUAAUGGUUUCAAUGGAUUAACAAGUUUGGGAACAGUUGCAAAGUAGGAGGAGGAGGAAGAGGAGUAUGGAAAAAGCAGAAGAGGAAUGCAGGGGGAGUGAUCUCAUACAUCGGCUCAUGUGGAGGCUCCCCAAACCGCACCAGCCCAGUCUCAAUGUACAGUGAGAAUUCCAACAGCAGUUCUAUGUCACUGAUGCAGCCGUGCUUCGGCUCAUCUUUCCCACCUUCUCCCAAUGGCUCCCAUGAUUCUUCACGCAUGUACACCAGCAGCAGCAGCAGCUCUGGCUCUGGCGAGGAUGGGAACUCAUCAUGCUCUGGAGGAUCUCCAAGGGGUCGCGAUGAAGGCACCAAUGCACGCAACUCACCUAACAAAUCAGUUGCUACUCUUACAAAGCUGAAUGGGAUGGUGUUACUCUGUAAGGUCUGCGGAGAUGUGGCAUCAGGUUUUCACUACGGUGUCCAUGCUUGCGAAGGAUGCAAGGGGUUCUUCCGUCGGAGCAUCCAGCAAAACAUUCAAUACAAAAAGUGCCUGAAGAAUGAGACCUGUACAAUUAUGAGGAUCAACCGCAACCGCUGUCAGCAGUGCCGUUUCAAAAAGUGCUUGUCUGUGGGCAUGUCUCGGGAUGCUGUCCGUUUUGGCCGCAUCCCAAAACGUGAAAAGCAGCGCAUGCUGGCUGAGAUGCAGAGUGCCAUGAAUAACAUGGUGAAUAACCAGCUGCAGAGUGAAUUCCAGCUGGCUAGUAUCAAAUCUGCCACUCCAUCCUCUUCAUCGUCUUCAUCCUCAUCACCCUGCCCAGGUCUAACAGUGGCCCCUCAGCCCCAGCCUCCUGCUGUGCCUAUUGCGCCUUCCCCCUCCCCUCCUGCCCCUGCCUCCCCUCCAGCUCAGCCAGCUCAGAGCCCUCCUCUGAUUGCCACGUCCCCACCUCUGUGCCACAGCCCUGGCGUGGACACCACCAUAACUGCUAUCACCCGAGCCCACCGUGAGACCUUUGUCUAUGCUCACGAUAAGCUAGGCCCAGCAAUACGGCCCCACAAUAAUGUUGAUCUGGGUGACCAAAUUGGCAAUCGUUGCUCAGCUGGCUACCAUGUUAACAGCCACAAUACAAUCUACCACAAUAAUAACGGAGGUCUGCAGUGCAAUGGCUUUGAAGUGGCACCUGAUAAUGGACAUAACCUUCAAUCCUCACCAGUCUCCAUUCAGCACCAUCAGGGGUUGCCACACCAGAACAAUGGGCGACGCCUCCACAACAACAAUUUCUUUGGGGAUCAUCAAGGUAAAGAGACCAGCAACAAUAUCCAGUCGCAAAACUGCCCAUGGAAGAACCGCAAGGAUAUUCUUCUGGCUUGUCCAAUGAAUAUGCAUCCUCAGGCAGAUCCUAACAAGACACCUCAGGAGAUCUGGGAGGACUUCUCACUUAGCUUCACACCAGCUGUGCGUGAGGUGGUGGAGUUUGCCAAACACAUCCCGGGUUUCAGCUCUCUAUCCCAAAAUGAUCAAGUCACCUUGCUAAAGGCUGGGACCUUUGAGGUGCUGAUGGUGCGUUUCGCAUCCCUGUUUAAUGUCAAGGAGAAAACUGUAACGUUUAUCUCUGGCACCACCUACAACCUUGAAGCUCUAAAGAACAUGGGGAUGGGAGAUCUGUUGGGAACCAUGUUUGACUUCAGCGAGAAACUCAAUGCCCUUGAGCUCUCUCCAGAGGAGCUGGGACUCUUUACUGCUGUGGUGCUGGUGUCUGCAGAUCGCUCUGGCAUUGAGAACAUCAACUCAGUGGAGAUGCUUCAGGAAAGCCUGAUCCGAGCCCUCCGUGCACUCGUCAGCAAGAGUGCUCCUGGUGAUGCCUCGCGUUUCACCAAGCUAUUGCUCAAACUGCCAGACCUUCGCACCCUCAACAACAUGCACUCUGAGAAGCUUCUCUCCUUCCGCAUCGAUGCCUGAAAGGCCCUAAAAUGCCGCAAUUACCAGCCAGCUGAGUCAGAGUUUGUGGGUAGUGGUGGCCUUAAUGGAAGGCUUUGCAAAAUGAGCAUUGGUGCUCCUUUCAAGAAUACUCCACCAACAGCUGACUGACACUGAUGGUGCUCAAAGACUUGAAUAUUAUUACAAAUUUGAAGGGACACACAAGCACCUAGUGCUAUCAGAAGAGUCAAAUGACUAUGUAGGGUUUUUGACAGUUUAUCAGCCUCACAUGAAAUGGCUGAUGAAAUUCAGCCACCAAAAUCAAUCCCCUGAUGUUUCAAACUGAAGGACAAUGCAAGGCAUGGACUCAAAGAUCCAACCAAUCUGCAACCUCCAGUCCAGUGGGAGCAAGCCAUAGGGAACAAGUGCAAAAAAGCCUCCCGCAGGAAUCCACAGCCAGAAGGCUCAGAAAGAGGACAGCAGAUGUCAGUUACUGGGACAGUUAUUCCAGUUAGGCUUGGGCUCCUCCAAGAGGCUGCCAUACUUAAGACAUUGACCAGGUUAUCUCUCUCAAUAAUGCAAAACAAAACAGAUGACUUAUCCCACAUGUAUUUACAUCCCUGUGACUUGUAUAAAUGUGUAAAUAAGCAUAAAUCUAUACAUACUUGAAAUGUUUCAAAAUGUAUAAUAUAUUCUAUAUAUAAAUAUAUUUUUUUGUAAAGUUUAAACACUCAAUGAGAAGUUAUAUGUGGGCACAAGUGUAUAAGAUGUCAAGUGUAUGCAUAUUAUAGAACAAUAUUCAGACAUGUAUUUCAGAUGUGUUUUAAAUCAUAAAGACUUUUUCUGAAACGUGAA